AUGAUUGAAAGCGUCACGUACGCAGGUGGCCUGGGCGUGACAAUCCGGCGGCUGUCUGUCCCGCGCUGGGUACGCAACGGCACGGAGACUCCGGUGGUGCUGGACUGCGAGUACGUGUACAACGAGAAUGACCUGAAGCUGGUGGUCAAGUGGUUCUUCAACGACGGUUUGGAGCCUGUGUACCAGUGGAUCCCCGAGAUGAAGUCCCGGGAGGCUUUUGGCGUGCUCCAGGGCCGCCUGGACCCUUCGUUCUCUGUGAACUCGAGGGACGACUAUUCCCAGUACCGCGCCAUCCGCAUCCUCAGACCCACGAGGGAGCUCAGCGGCAAGUACACCUGCGUCGUUGCAUCGCUAGCGGGACAGGAUUCCAGGCACCAGCACAUGACCGUCUACGUGCCGGCCGAGUCAUUCGCCUUCAACUACAGCUUCCCCCAAGAAAGCAGCCGCGCAAUCAGCGUCAUGUGCACGGGCCGAGGGCUGUUUCCACGGCCUGAACUCAAGUUGUACUUAAUACGGGCGGGCCAACGAAAGCCCGUGGUUGUGCGGACGUUCGCCUCGAUGUCCUCUCGGAGCCUUUUCGACGUUGUGCUUCACGCCAAGAUGGCCCAGAACACGUUGCCGUCCGUGGCGGACAUGUUGGAGUGCGUGCUCGAAAUCCCGUCCAGCAAUUACGUGAUCACGAGGCGGUUGAGUUUCUCUCCCCGUAAGUAG